AUGGGGGAGCCUGAGGAGCCACAGGCGACCGAGCGCAAAAUUGGCACGGUCAAGUGGUUCAACAGCACCAAGGGCUACGGGUUCAUCACCUGCGAGGAGUCGGAGGAUGAGGUCUUUGUCCACCAGAGCAACAUAGAGACGACCGGCUAUCGCAGCCUGAAAGAAGGCGAGGAAGUCGAGUUUGACCUAGUUGUCGCGGAUGACGGCAAGAAGAAGGCCUUCCGUCUGUGCAGUGGCAUCGCCUCAGCAGCUGUGGCUGGACAGCAUGCCCAGGCGGCCGCGGCAGCGCAGCAGCAGCAGCAUUCUGGCAGCGCCAUGGGCAGCCUGGGGAGCCUCCAACCGCCGCCCAUGGUCCGGCCGGGCUACGGCGGCGGGCGGGGCGGGGGUCGCGGCUACGACCCAGCAUACGCAGCAGCAGCAGCAGCAGGCCCGUAUGGCCCGUAUGCGGCCGGGGGCCGCGGCGGCGCCGGACGGGGCGCAUACUGGGGGCCGGAGGCUUACAUGGGCUACUACAGCCCCAUGGGCCCCGGCGCCUACUACGCAGCAGCAGCAGCCACGGCGCCGCCCGCCAUGUUCCCGCGCGGACGUGGCGGCUUCUUUCCGGGAGGAAAGAACUGGGCGGGCGCGCGGCCGCCACCCCCCGGCCAGCCGGGGUUUAGCAGUGGAUUGCAGGUCGUGGUCCACAACUUACCUUGGGACUGCACGUGGCAGCAGCUGAAGGACGCAUUCACGCCCUGCGGCGACAUCGAGCGCGCAGACGUAGUGUUUGACAGCAGGGGGCGCUCGCGAGGCUUUGGCAUUGUGCGGUUCCCCACAAAGGAGAUGGCGGAGACGGCGGUCAACACGAUGAACAACACCACCAUCGGCGGCCGGGUGGUGUCUGUUCGCAUCGACCGCUUUGCCUGA